CCCYCCCGGCCACCGUCCGGUGCGCCGCCUCUUCCUGUGCGUGCGGGGAACAUGGGGACACCGCAAAAGGAUGUUGUAAUAAAACCCGAUGCCCCAAGCACAUUACUUUCAGAAAAACAUGCGGAUUAUAUAGCUUCGUAUGGAACGAAGAAAGAUGAUUAUGAAUAUUGUAUGUCGGAGUAUUUGAGGAUGAGUGGUGUGUACUGGGGACUGACAGCAAUGGAUCUCAUGGGGCAGCUGCACCGAAUGAACAAAGAAGAAAUUCUGUCCUUCAUCAAAUCGUGUCAACACGAAUGCGGUGGAAUAAGUGCCAGCAUAGGUCACGAUCCUCAUCUUCUGUAUACCCUCAGUGCUGUCCAGAUUCUUAUCUUAUAUGAUAGUCUCCAUGUUGUUGAUGUGAAUAAAAUAGUUGAAUAUAUACAGAGCUUGCAGAAAGAAGAUGGAUCAUUUGCUGGAGAUGAAUGGGGAGAAGUAGAUACGAGGUUCUCUUUCUGUGCUGCAGCAACUCUUGCACUUCUGGGAAAGCUGGAUGCUAUCGAUGUGGGAAAAGCAGUAGAAUUCGUUUUGUCCUGUAUGAACUUCGAUGGAGGAUUUGGUUGUAGACCGGGUUCUGAAUCACACGCGGGACAGAUCUAUUGUUGCACAGGAUUUCUGGCAAUAACAGACCAGUUGCAUCAAAUAAACGUCGACUUGCUGGGUUGGUGGCUUUGCGAACGUCAGUUACCCUCCGGAGGUCUCAACGGACGACCGGAGAAGUUACCUGACGUAUGUUAUUCGUGGUGGGUGCUGGCGUCUUUGAAGAUGAUCGGAAGGAUACAGUGGAUCGACAGAGAGAAACUGCGCUCCUUUAUUUUGGCUUGCCAGGAUGAGGAGACCGGAGGAUUCGCUGACAGACCGGGAGAUAUGGUGGAUCCGUUUCACACGUUAUUUGGAAUUGCUGGACUCUCUUUAUUAGGAGAAGAACAAAUUAAGGCUGUCAAUCCCGUCUUUUGUAUGCCAGAAGAUGUCCUUCGAAGAAUAAAUGUACAGCCUGAGCUUGUAAGCUAAGCUUUGUAGAGACAAAAGGUUUAUAUGACCAGUCAUUUUGGUUGUACUGAUUUAUAAUCUCAUCUGUGAAACUGUCAGCAUAUUCUUCUUUCAGAUGUGUUUACAUUAUGGAAGUAAGGCAAUAGCUUUGCUGGGGACUUUGUCACUUUAUAAAUGGUAUUGAAACAGUCUGGUUCUUAUAAUCUGAGUGUAACAUGUUCUUUAGUUAUAUUCUAAGAUGUCAAACAUUUCAGAUCUGUAUCUCAAUAUACAGCCCUUGGCGCUUUUGUUUUGUUUGGGUUUUUUUUGGUUGGUUUUUUUUUUUUUUGUUGUUGUUGCUAGGUUUUUUCCCAAUUCAAAUCGGUUUGUGUGAAUGACUAAUUUUUCUAUUCCUGUAAUAUCAGCUCUUUACACGGGCCUCUUUUGAUGGUGAAUCACGCAAAGCACCUUAAAAGAAGAGUUAAAAAAAAACAACCCCACCGACAAAAUCCUACUUAAGCCGUGCACUUAAUGCCAUACUGUUGUGGUUUUAAUUCUUCCUGUUUGUGUUUGCCAUCACUUUUCUAUACUGAGAAACAGCUGCCUCUUCUGACAGUAACUGCUACUAGUAAAACCAUAAUUAUGGUUCUUCUAAAUAUAUAAAUGUCUUCAUUUAUUUGUGACAAAAUAGACAAAAAUCCACCGAUACUUGAAAUAAGGCAUAUGUAUUGAGUACGUAUUGUGAAACUUGCUAACAUUAAGCAUCCUAGAGAAGGUCUAUAGGACAGUGACUUGUAAUCGAACAUAGAGUUGAUUCUAAAUUUGUUGCUGGGUUAAAAUCCUUCUUUUGUAGCCUUUAAGAUGAUUUUUGUUGACAAUCGAUUAUGGMGUAAUUGAAAAUAAAACUAGCUCUGGAAAAUA